UUACUGCUAAAGGUUUUUAUGUGUGGUAACAAAGGUUUUUAUGUGUGGUAACAAAGAAUGAAAAUCUAAAAUUUUAACUUGGAGGGUAUUUUGAGGAAAGAUGUUAUUGUUCUUUAUAAGAGUUGUUUCAAACAUUAAAAUCCAACUUUCUUUCGAUGUUUUAAACAACAAUCUUCACCUUACAACUUAGCUUAUUCUUUUAAUUCAUUGGCUUGUAUCUUUCUUUGAUUAUUUAGUCAAUUUCUCAUGUUUAUUUUUCGGGUGUUUAUUUUGGAUAAUUUGAAUUUUGGGAUUUGGUUUUGUUUAUUUAUGAAUUUGGACUGAAGUUGUGUUGAUUAUACUUAUGGAAGUCAAAUAAAUACCCUUCAACUCAGCUGUUAAAAGUGAUGAGAGAUGUUGUAUCAGGGGUUGCACAUUUUCAUGAAAUCACCUUAAUACAUCAAGAUUUGAAGCCUCAAAAUGUUUUGACAAUCAAAGAUAAAAAUUUCAGAGCCAAACUUUCAGAUAUGGGCAUCAGCAAGCGCCUUCCUGAAGAUAUGUCUUCCAUAACCCAAAAUGGUAUAACUGUGUAUUUUGUUUGUAUCUACAUUUGUGUGGUUAAUUUUUCAUUUGUAGAUGUAUGUGGUAUGUUGGCACAAUCCCUCACAAGAAGCUCCGCUAAUAGAGUUUUUCUUUAUUCUCAUUUUGUGUUCAUAAUUACGCUCCUUCCUUCUCUUAUGCCAUUUUUCAUCGAGGCAGCCCCAGGAUCAGCCUGAUUGACGAAAUUUUGUCAAUCAGCCGCUGUUGUGGGCCAUUCACCAUACCAGAUAAUAGUAUUAUAUUCAUUUGUACGGAUUAUUUUAACGGAUGAAAAAUGCCUGUUAGUGACGGUGGCAAGUAACCCUUGAAUUGUCACUCUUAUUUUCUCUCUCCUAACUUGAAGCUUUCAUUAAUGGCGGAACCCGAACCCGAAUACGAAGAUAUCUUGAAGAAAGGCACCAUAGCUGAAGUCAGUUCUGAAGACAAAGGUCUUCCAGGUUCCUGGUACACCGCUACUGCAUGUUCUCCGCACAAUUUCUCGUAAAAUCCAGCAAAAUCUUCGUUGAGUACGGAGUACCCCAAUCUCAUAGAAAACGAAGGUGGUUCCAAGCAUCUCUGUGAGUUUGUUGACUAAUUUUUCAAUAUACCGCCAUUAAUGAAAGCUUUAAAUUAGGAGAGAGAAAAUAAUGAAUUCGUAUUUACUAAUGAUAAUUGGUCGGAAAAGUACCCAAUUACUUGACACGCAUCAGAAUUCGUCGAAGAAAUAACCGAAAUCACUCCUCAAAAUGGUCGUAGAAGAUGAUCUCGCAACCAAAUUUAAUUAAGGUUAUCAAUUUGGGAAAGUGAAGUAAACAGCCGGAAGUGAAUUGCUUUGACUAACGACACUCAAGUUAACGUUUCAGCAACAUCAUUGUAGAGUUACAUAUUUACCCCAGGCUUAAACAUUAAAAAGACCAGAAUACCUUCUGAUUUACAUUCUAUGUCAAUCAGGCUGAUCAACUAGUAUUUCCCCUUUUUCAUCUCCAUUUUGUUAACACAACCUCCC